ACACUUGUUUUGUUAACUCUCUUUGAAUCCAAGUUUUCAAAUUUUUUCUUAACUCUCUUCUUUGUUUUCUUUCUUUCUUUUCCAAUUUUCCUGCAAAAUUAAGAAACUUUGAUUUGAACUACUUCUAGUAGCUUAUAUGAGUUUCUUGAAAUUUUUUGUUUCAAUUUUGUUACUUGGUUACUAAUUUCACUUAAUUCAGUAGAAAGAAAACACUGUGAAAUCAAAAAGAUGAAAUUUUUAGCUUCUUUUUUGGUUCUCUCUUUGAUUUCAACAAUCUCUCUUGUGAACUCAGACACUCUACCCUCAAAUGAAGUUUGGGCACUUACAAGCUUUAAAGAAGCAAUUUAUGAAGACCCAAAUUUGGUUUUAUCAAAUUGGAAUAUGCUUGAAUCAGAUCUUUGUAACUGGUUUGGUGUAUCAUGCACUCUGGCUGGAGAUCAUGUCAUCAAGUUAAACAUCUCAGGUUCAUCGUUAAAAGGGUUUCUUGCAAAGGAAUUAGGCCAAAUUACCUAUUUGGAAGAAUUAAUUUUGCAUGGGAACAAUUUAAUUGGAACUAUACCUAAAGAACUAUGUGUGUUGAAAUCUCUAGAGGUGUUGGAUUUGGGAAUGAAUCAGUUAACAGGACCGAUUCCACCGGAGAUUGGAAAUUUAGCUCUACUUGUGAACAUAAACCUGCAGUCCAAUGGGUUGACUGGUAGGAUACCUCAUGAGUUUGGAAAUUUGAGAUACCUUAAAGAACUUCGGCUCGAUAGGAAUAAGUUUCAAGGACCGGUUCCUGCUAGUGGAAGUUCUAAUUUUGCUUCAAAUACGCAUGGAAUGUAUGCAUCAAACGAGAAUGUAACUGGCAUCUGUCGUUCUCCUCAGUUAGAAGUAGCAGACUUUUCAUAUAAUUUUUUAGUUGGUAGUAUACCUAAAUGCUUGGAGUUUCUCCCAAGGUUAAAUUUUCAAGGAAACUGCCUCCAGAGCAAUGAUCCAAAGCAGCGGCCUUCCACACAAUGUGGCGGUGCCUCACCUGCCAAGAGUCAGCCAGUGGUGGACCACCAAUUCCACCAACUAGGUAAUCAUGUGCGCAAGCAUCACGGAUUAUCAGAACCUACUUGGCUUUUGGCUCUAGAAAUAGUAGCAGGAACUAUGGUCGGUUCUGUCUGUUUGAUUGCCAUUCUCGCUGCUUUUCAAAGAUGCAAUAACAAAUCAUCUAUCAUUAUUCCUUGGAAAAAGUCUGCCAGCCAGAAAUAUCACACUGCUGUGUACAUAGACCCGGAGAUAUUAAAGGACGUGAGAAGGUAUAGCAGACAGGAGCUUGAAGAGGCUUGCGAAGACUUCAGCAACAUAAUUGGGUCCUCUCCAGACAGUGUGGUGUACAAGGGAACCAUGAAAGGUGGACCUGAGAUUGCUGUAAUUUCUCUCUGCAUCAAGGAGGAGCACUGGACAGGAUAUCUGGAACUUUACUUUCAGAGAGAGGUGGCAGAAUUAGCAAGGUUAAAUCAUGAGAAUACUGGAAAACUACUGGGAUAUUGUAGAGAGAGCAAUCCGUUUUCAAGGAUGUUGGUUUUUGAUUAUGCUUCAAAUGGGACACUUCAUGAGCACCUACAUUGUUACGAAGAAGGAUGCCAAUUCUCAUGGACACGGCGUAUGAAAAUUAUCAUAGGCAUUGCACGUGGACUCAAGUAUUUGCACACGGAAGUUGAACCUCCAUUCACUAUCUCAGAGCUGAACUCUAGUGCUGUAUACCUUACAGAAGAAUUUGCCCCUAAGUUGGUUGAUUUUGAAAGCUGGAAGACAAUUCUUGAAAGAUCAGAAAAGAAUUCUGGUUCUAUUAGCAGCCAAGGUGCUGUUUGUGUUCUUCCGAACUCCCUUGAGGCACGCCAUCUGGAUACCAAAGGAAACAUACAUGCUUUUGGAGUACUUCUACUAGAGAUAAUCAGUGGGCGACCUCCAUAUUGUAAGGAAAAAGGUUACUUGGUGGAUUGGGCCAAAGACUAUCUUGAAAAGCCAGAAGUAAUGUCGCAUUUGGUGAAUUCAGAAUUGAAAAAUUAUAGACAUGAUGACCUCAAAGUGAUAUGCGAGGUGAUAACUCUUUGUAUCAAUCCCGAUACAACUGUGCGUCCAUCUAUGCAAGAAUUGUGCAGCAUGCUGGAGAGCAGAAUCGACACAUCAGUAAGCGCGGAUCUCAAGUCAUCUUUGGCCUGGGCUGAACUUGCUCUUUUAGCAUAAUAACGAUAUAGUCAAACUCAAAACUAACAGAUCUACAUUACAGCAUAGAUACACAAAUAAUAAUUUUCCUCUUCAAUUUUAUUUCUAUUGUAAAUGAUUGAUCAAAAAGGGUAUCUGUUAGGCUUAAGUACAACAAGGUCUCAUUGUAUAGCUCUAGCCUACUUGUAGAACUUCAGAAAUUUUUAAAUAGAAGAAGAUUGUAUUGGACAAGUGUUUUUCUUUUAUGCACUAUAUAAAUAUAUAUAAGAAAUGCUUUUACAUGUAA